UGAAUUCUGCACAACCAUAUUAGCUAAGAGAUGCUUCCUUCUCUUAAAAGGAAGUGUGGAGGAAGGUUUACUACAUAGGGUUUGACUGCUUGAAGUUGGGACAGGAAGAAAGCCUUCGGUGAAUGUGAGUUGUCGGCUUAAGCAUUCAUCCAUGCUUUGCGGGAAUGAAAGGGUGAGUGAAGGAAAGGGAGGGGUCAGAAGUGCAUUCAUUCAUGCAAAAUGCUGAUGGGAAUUGUAAUGAUGAAAUGAAAUCAUGUAUGUUUUUGUUUCUUUGUGAGUAUGUUUGUUCUAUGUCACCACCCAACCCUCUCUGGUGGGUUCAAGGAGUGUGACCUGUUCAGAAGUUCUUUCUCCUUCCUCUUUCAUCCCCUCAUCUCUCUCUCUCUCUCUCUCUCUCUCUCGAGUUUCUCAAGCCUCUCCUUCCUAGCUCAUCCAUGGAGUAAACCCCCUGUGAGAAAGCUGCCGGAGCUGAAGAACACAGCAAGUGGGAGAGGAAGAGAGAUCCCUGUUCUCUCUUUAUUUGCUUUCUCAAGCCUUUUCUUUCAUUCCCCUUCCCCACUAUACCUUCUUUUCUCUAUCAUGAGCUAUUACGACAAACACCAAACCCUUACUUAGAUCCCAAAGGUAAGCAAAAGCCCAUUGCAAGUCUGGAAGCAGAAGCGCAAAAAAUGUUAAGCUCUCCUCAGAAAACUCCGCCGCAUACUUCCAUCUCUUGCUUGGAGGAUGGCAGUUCCAGCAAGAGAAAAAGAAGGCCUGCAGGCACUCCAGAUCCUGACGCGGAGGUGGUGUCCCUGUCUCCGAGGACGUUGCUGGAGGCGGAGCGGUACGUGUGCGAGAUCUGCAACCAGGGGUUCCAGAGGGACCAGAACUUGCAGAUGCACCGGCGGCGCCACAAGGUGCCGUGGAAGCUGCUGAAGCGGGAGGCGGCGGCGGUGCGGAAGCGGGUGUUCGUGUGCCCGGAGCCGAGCUGCCUGCACCACGACCCGCAACACGCCCUCGGCGACCUCGUCGGCAUCAAGAAGCACUUCCGGCGGAAACACAGCAACCACAAGCAGUGGGUCUGCUCCAAGUGCUCCAAGGCCUACGCCGUUCAGUCCGACUACAAGGCGCACCUCAAGACCUGCGGCACCCGCGGCCACUCCUGCGACUGCGGCCGCGUCUUCUCUCGAGUGGAAAGCUUCAUAGAGCACCAAGAUUCUUGCAAUGGCGCCGGUGGCCUCUCCUGGACUGCCUCGAGCACGACUCCGUCGGCCGCUACAAAUGCCAGUGCUCCGGCGCCAAACGACCACCACCGCCUUGGCCUCCUCCACAAUCUCGAGCUCCAGUUACUUCCGACAUCCAAUACCCACCAAUCUCACGCCACCUCCUCCCCUACUUCCUCUCUCACGCUCGUCUCGGACGGGGCUCAAGCCGCGGAGCUGCAGCUGUCUCUCGGCCCUCGUGAGAGCGAAACUGCACUCGCCAGCAUUAGUCCCUCGUCGAAGGCAGGCUGCGAGCGCCAGGAGCAGGCAAUGGCAAGCGAAGCGAGAGAACAGGCCAUGAAGCAAGUCGAACUGGCGGAAAAGGAAUUCGCCAACGCUAGGAGGAUCCGGCAGCAGGCGCAAGCAGAUCUCCAGAACGCCUACCUCUUGAGGGACCAUGCAAGGAAGCAAAUGAACCUACUGCUGCUCCAGAUGACUUGUCAUGCUUGCAGGAAGCAGUUCCAACCGAAGCCCGAUUCAGCGUUCGCCGAGGUCUCACCUCCAUCGGCUAGCUGUGUGUCAUCGCUCAUGACCGGAAUCAAGCGAGACGACAUUAAUGUCGGUCACCACUUACCAAAGUUCUGGAGCACGUAGCCCGAAUACUUUGUUCACUACAUCGACGUUGGGUGAUGUCUUCAUGCCCAAAAUAAACGUAUGGGGUUGUAUAUUGAAAUCUUUCUGUCAUUCUUUUAUGGUACAUUUCCUUAGUUAUUUGCAGGUCCGUAUGAGCUCUACCGAGAGAGCAGUCAUCCUUCUUUUGA